AUGGCGAUUUAUAACUUCCAGAUGAGGACGUUCCUUCUCAAUUUCAUACCGUCGAUACUACCCUACCGGCUUGCUGGGUUUUCCCCAUUAUCUCUUCCUAUACACAGCGUCAUUCCUGCCAAAAUGUAUUCUGUGUUAGGACAAUCGUUCACCACGCUUUUCACUCUUCUCUGCUUGUGCACCCUUACCCAAGCUGCACCGAGAGGUCCUGGAGGCCCGAUGCACAAGCCAAAUUGCCCCUACCAUUCAGUGGAACAGGGUAACACCCGCGUCUUCAACCGGUUCUGGUACGAUCCGAACGAUCUCAUCGAAUCGAAUGGAGGCUAUCGAGCCUACACUGAAGAUCACUUCUUCGACGAUUUCUCAAUCACCGACAAUACGCCCAACUACCCCAGUCCGGUGAAAGGUGUCCAGUUCCCUCCGCCAGGAAACUAUGCUCGCUCGCGCCUGCAGUUCGCCGAUAUACAUUUCUGGGUCGUUCCUCAGGCGGAGGCCGUCUUGGGAAAGCCAAAUACCGAUCCUAGUUAUCCCGGCGGCGGAGGUAUGGAUGACAAUGAUUGCCUGAUAUACCGUUGGCAUCACCGCCUCCUUGCGACGCUACAGAAGCCUUACGGCGGCAAGCCUGCCGGCGCCAAUGUAUCUUGGUAUGACACGCGUGUGAUCAAGUUCCAGAACUACACUGCCGAAGAUAAUGGACAGGAUUACUGGAUCAAAAGCGCGACGGUCACGAUGGAUUGGUCAGAUUGGUACAAAUAG